AUGCCCAGUUCCGACGCUCUAGCCGAAAACAUGAAGCAGUGGCCAGAACUGUUUUCUCAAUCCAAAUGUAAGCUAGUCGAAACGACCGCUGGUCAGAAAGGGAAGUACGCAACGCUGAGCUAUUGUUGGGGAAAUGGGUUGCCGUUCAUGACUACCACAGAGACGCUUUCAAUGCGAAAGAGCAGCAUCGGCUUCCAAGAUCUUCCUAAGACCCUUCAAGAUGCUGCUAUGGUGGUACGGUUUCUUGGUCUACGGUACGUAUGGAUCGACUGCUUGGCAAUUGGUAUGAACCGACUCCUCUUACAAGAUGACACAGCAGACUGGGAAAAAGAAUCGGCUGUCAUGGCCGACAUCUACUCAGGAUCAUACAUCAAUAUUGCUGCAUCCAACGCUUCACAUUGCGGAGCAGGCUUCCUAGGACCACGGAAGAUGCCAAUGACUGAACGUAUUGAAAUCCACGAUAGCGAAGGUGAUCUAGAAGUAUAUCUCGUCGCUCAACAGACCCGCAACUACGCACUACCAAGCGAUCCCCUCGAAACACGAGCCUGGGUCCUCCAAGAACAACUCCUACCAUCCCGCUCCCUCCAUUUUGGCAGCGCCAACAUGUUCUGGCGCUGUCCCGACGGUAUCUCGCACGAAGAGCAAAGGCGAGGCUGGACGCACCUCUACACCCUCGACGCCGUAGUCUACAGCAUCAACCUCCCCAUCGGUGCCGCCAUUGGCCAAGACGCAUGGUUCCAACUCGUCCGCGACUACACCGCCCGCGGGAUAACAUACCCCAAAGACAAAUUCCCCGCCAUCUCAGGCGUCAUGACCGUCUUGCAGCGCAUGACUGGCGACGUCUGCGCUGCGGGACUGUGGAAGCGGAAUUUCGCCAAGUGGCUCCUGUGGGUACCUAGGCAUGAUGUUGCGCCUUUUAAACGGUCUGACGUUUGGACCGCGCCGUCUUGGUCGUUCAUGUCUGGGGAAGGACCUGUGGAUUACGGAUUAGGUGAUCUUACUACAGGUAUGAAUACUUCGCUGCAAGGCUUCUGUGCGUUUCUUGAAGGAUGCAGGGUCGUGCCUAAAGGACUUAAUCCGCUUGGUGAGUUGAAAGAUGGGUGGGCGAGGAUCAGUGGGCCGGUGACGGAUGUCACUGCUAUCGGGAAAGAUGUAGCGACAGGGAAGAGUCCGUAUCGGUCGUGUAAGGUGCAGAUGCGCGAUCAAAGCUACCAUGAUGCGCGCGUUCUUUUCGAUGUCGAGGCAUAUGAGGCUUGUGAGGUUCUGAUCGUUGCGCCGGCUUUGGGUGUGGCAAUCAUUAGUACGGAUAAAGAGCGGGGCGAGUAUGUGAGGGUUGGACUGGUGGUGAUUAAGAGGGUAAAAUCCGAGGUGAAGAAAGAUCAGUCGAAAGAGUGGUACCCUGAAGCGGAGGACUAUUCCGAGCCACGGUCGAUUGUUCUCCGAUGA